GGGGCUUUGUUACAUAAGUUUUGGUGACUUUGGUGACAUAGUUUUCAAGUUUUGUGGUGAUCUGUGACCAUUACCAACCAACAAAAUCUCCCUUUAUCAAUAAGCUCUUCAACCCACAGGCAUUCCUUGCUUGUUGAAAUUACAAUGACUAGUUACAGUCUUGGUGUACUCCUCUUUCUUGUACUCUUAAGCUUUUCUCUUGAGAGUCAGCAGCUUCAUGGGCAUUCAUUCAAGUUAUCAUCAGAGGAAACAGGAUCUCAUCAUGUUGGUACGAAGGGAACUAGAUGGGCAGUUUUGGUUGCAGGCUCAAAUGGUUACGAGAAUUAUAGGCAUCAGGCUGAUGUAUGUCAUGCCUAUCAAUUACUGAGGAAAGGUGGAUUGAAAGAUGAAAAUAUUAUUGUUUUCAUGUACGACGACAUUGCAUUCAAUGUACAGAACCCUAGGCCUGGUAUCAUCAUAAAUAGGCCACAAGGUGAAGAUGUUUAUGAAGGAGUACCCAAGGAUUAUACUGGACAUAAUGCAAAUGUCCAUAACCUUUAUGCUGUUAUACUUGCGAACAAAACUGCUCUUACAGGAGGUAGUGGCAAGGUUUUGGAUAGUGGUCCAGAGGAUCAUAUUUUCAUAUAUUAUACUGAUCAUGGCGGUCCCGGGGUGCUUGAGAUGCCUUAUGAUGAUUAUGUUUAUGCUAAUGAUCUCAUUGAUGUAUUGAAGAAAAAGCACGAGUCCAAUACCUUCAAAAGCAUGGUAUUCUAUCUUGAAGCCUGUGAAUCUGGGAGCAUGUUUGAGGGCCUUCUUCCUGAAGGAUUAAACAUAUAUGCAACCACAGCAGCCAAUGCAGUAGAGAACAGUUUUGUAACUUAUUGUCCCGAUGACUAUCCUUAUGUUGCCCCAGAAUAUGACACUUGCUUAGGUGACUUGUAUAGUGUUUCUUGGAUGGAAGACAGUGACAAGCAUGAUUUGCGUACUGAAACUCUGGAGCAACAAUAUGAAGUGGUGAGGAGGAGGACAUCAAAUGAGUAUCCAGAAAACGGCUCCCAUGUCAUGCAGUAUGGAAAUUUGAGCCUUAGAAAGAACUCUCUGUACGAUUAUUUGGGUACAAAUCCUGCAAAUGAGAACUAUACUUUUAUGAGACGCGAUUCCUCGAUAUCAAUUUCAAAGCCUGUUAGCCAACAUGACGCUGACCUCCUUCAUUUUUGGCACAAGUUCCGCAAAGCUCCUAAAGGCUCUGAAAAGAAACUUGAGGCUCAGAAGCAAUUAAUUGAUGAGUUAAAUCAAAGGUUGCACAUAGACCAUAUUAUGAUGUUUAUUGGGAAGCUUCUGUUCGAAUCUGAAAAUGGGCUGCUGAUACUGGAAACUGUUAGACCUGCAGGACAACCUCUUGUAGAUGACUGGAACUGCUUGAAGACACUUGUGAGGACUUAUGAGGAACAUUGUGGAUCUCUGUCAAGGUAUGGAAUGACGUACAUGCGUGCCAUUGCUAACAUGUGCAAUGCUGGGGUGAAGAUGGAGCAGAUGGCCAUGGCAUCAGCUCAAGCUUGCAUGGGGACCAGCCUGAUUCAUGCAGCUCCCUCUGCAAUGAAUUAAAUUAAGAGUCCUACUACAUCAACUAUAUCUCUUUAAUGUUCUUUGAACAGUCUGCGUGCAUAAAAAAUGAAUUGUGAAGGCUAUUUGCUUAGCUGUUUGAUGAUUUCUACCAUGGAUGAAUCUUUGAUUUAUGAAUAUUAUUAUCAGCUUAAAUAAACAGCAUGUUCAGAUUUGGUUGGUGUGAAUGUUAGAAUUGGUGAACACUUUGCAGAUUGAGGAGUUGCCAUUAAAUUGUUAC